GAGGACGAUGAAGAAGAAGAAGAAAAUGACGAUGAAGCAGCCGCAGCCACAGCCACGGCGACAACAACAACAACAACAGCAACAACGGCCGAUGACGAAGAAGGUGAAGGAUCUAAUAGCAAUAGUCAAGAGAAUAAUGAUUAUUAUGAUCAUGAGAAUACCAAUGCGAAUUCCGCAACCACCGCAUUAUUGACAAACCAUUUUUAUCAACAGAACCCUUACCCUUAUUCCAACCACCACAACUAUCAACAACAGCAACAGCAACCACUUGUUCAAAAAAACACAACGACGCAAACAAUGUUGGAUAACUUAUUUGUGAUUCCCAUGAAGCAUACUUUUCUGAAAAGAACAAUUCAACCCAAGACCAAGUCCUAUACCGCCAGUUUAUACAAUAUCCCUUUGUUGAACAAUCUCUCUACUGACGCUGUGUUACACCGAGAGGAAGAUAUCCUGUUAUCCUUACAAUUGCUUGCCUAUUUGUCCAAGUAUCCUGCCAUUCGUGAAGCUUUUCAUAAAAAUCAUCGUCAUAAUGUAUUUUCGGUGGUUGAAAAAUUCACACAUCGAUUACAUCCUGCUGCCAUCAUUUACUGGGCAGGCGUGAUUAUGAGAAAUGCUUGUCGAAAAGAUGAAGCACGAGGAGGCGUUCGUCAAUGUGCCAAUAUGCAAUGUGGCAAAUGGGAGCGAUUUCCUCGUGAAUUUGCCAAAUGCCGAAGAUGGUAAUGAAAGUCCAUUGACAUUUUUUUUCUCCCCCCCCAGCUCCAUUGCUUACGCUAUUUAUUCUAUUCUAGUCGAAAAGCAAAAUACUGUUCUAAAUCGUGUCAAUCCAAAGCUUGGGCCGAUGGUCAUCGUUGGUGGUGUAUCGAAAGACCUCAUAGUUCGCACCCACCGAACCCAGCAGCGACUUC